AUUUGCAAUCCAAACACUUGCUCCUCAAGCUUCUUCUCCACCUUCCCUUCAAUACUCUCUCCCUCUCUCUGUCAAUAAUUAACUCGUUUCAAUCUUUGCUAUUCUCAGAUUCCAGUAAAAGAACCCUUCCACUUACUUUUCAAUUUCUCUUUAAAAAACACACAGAGAGAGAGAGAUUUUGCGUUUGCGGAAAUGGGUGAUUACGAGCAAGAAGCCCCUAAUUCAUUUCACCACAUAAGAGAAACCCCCACCACAAGCUCCGCCGCCACCGGGAGCCGCCCCCGCGGCCGCCCUCCCGGCUCCAAGAACAAAUCAAAACCCCCGACGAUCGUCACCCGCGACACCCCCAACGCGCUCGGCACCCACAUCCUCGAGGUCUCCCCCGGAAACGACGUCGUCGAGAGCGUCUCCGCCUACGCCAGGCGCCGCGGCAGGGGCGUCUGCGUCCUCAGCGGCACCGGCGCCGUCUCCAACGUAGCCCUGCGCCAGCCCGCGGUGGCGCUGCAGGGCCGCUUCGAGAUCCUCUCGCUCUCGGGGACGCUGCUGCCUCCACCCGCGCCGCCUGGGGCUGGCGGGCUGGUGGUCUUCCUCGCCGGCGGGCAGGGGCAGGUGGUCGGCGGGAGCGUGGCCGGGCCGCUGGUGGCGGCGUGCCCGGUGGUGUUGAUGGCGGCGUCGUUUGCGAAUGCGGUGUUUGAGCGCUUGCCUCUGGAGGUGGAGGAGGAGGGGAGCUCCGGUGUCAGUGGUGGUAAUAGCGGUUUGUUUAGCGCGGUAAGUGGGAAUGCGGCGGAGGCGGCGGGGAAUUAUCUUUUUGCGGCUGAUUUGUUUGGAUUGGGCAGUGGAAGUAAUGUAAGGCCGCCGCCACCGUUUUGA